AAUAAUAAGUAAUUUUUAAUUAAACUUGAUAUUUAAAAAAAAUAAUAGAAUGGAGAAAAACAAGGAAUUGUUUACUUGCCGAAAUGUUUUAUGGCUCCUAGUCUUUUGUGGUUUUGCUAUUAAUUAUAUGCUGCGAUUAAAUUUAAACCUUACCAUAGUUGCAAUGGUGCUACCAUAUUCGAAACCUGCAGCGGUAACGCAAUGCAAUGUAGAAAAUAAUACAUUAUUCUGGACCAAUGAAACAUCUCAGAACAAUAACGAGUCUUCUUCUUUCUCAAUUACUCCGUUAUUCGAAAAUGUUACGUAUGAAGACCGAUUCGCCUGGAAUGAGUACGAACAGGGAUUGGUAUUGGGUGCUUAUUAUUGGUUGCAUUGGUUAACACAAUUGCCUGGUGGUCUUCUAGCCAGGCGAUAUGGUACGAAACUUGUAUUCGGCUUGGGAAAUUUAUUAACAGCUCUGUUAGGAUUUCUCGUUCCUUAUGUGACGGAUCUAUAUGCCUUGAUAAUUCUUCGAAUGUUACAAGGAUUAAUCGCGGGUGUAAUAUGGCCCUCGAUGCACGAUAUGACGGCGAAGUGGAUUCCGCCAAACGAAAGAAGCAGAUUCGUUAGCGCUUAUCUUGGAAGUUCCGUGGGAGCUGCAAUCACUUACCCCCUGUGUGCAGCUGUCACGAGUUUCCUCGGUUGGGGUGCAUCUUUCCAUGUCACAUCUUUGUUAGGUGUAAUAUGGUACUGCUUAUGGCAAUUUCUCGUGUACGACUCGCCGCAGCAGCAUCCUCGAAUCUCCGAUAAUGAAAAAAAUUAUAUCAUGGACAGCAUUUCUAAGUCUGUUGACGAAGAGAAAACGGAAAUACCUUGGAAAUCAAUAUUUCUGUCAGGGCCAAUAUGGAUCACCAUUGCCGCACAUUGGAGUUCUGCUUGGGGUUUCUUGACGUUAAUGACACAGGCACCGACUUAUUUCAAUUUCCUUCACGGUUGGGAUAUUAAUACUACUGGAAUCCUGGCAGGAGCACCGCAUGUCCUUAGAAUGAUCUUCUCGUACUUCUUUUCUAUCAUAAGCGAUUGGCUGUUACGUACAAAGCGAAUGAGUUUAACGAACGUCAGGAAAAUGGCCACCUUCGUCUGUACCGGUGUUCAAGGCAUUUUUAUUAUAGCCCUUGGAUUUAGCGGAUGUCAUCCAUUAUUCGCGAUCAUCUUCAUGAUGGCGGGUACAGCAGUUAAUGGUGCUAUUUCUGCUGCCACUUUGACAAGCCUCGUCGACCUUGGUCCAAACUACGCUAGCAUCCUCCUUGGAUUCGCUAACAUGAUGAUCACAUGGGCUGGUUUUAUCUCGCCGGCACUUGUUGGUAUAUUAACGAAUAAUAACCAAACUAUGGAACAAUGGCGUUUGGUCUUUCUAAUCGCGGCUGCCAAUUCGAUAGUAGGUGGUAUUAUAUAUAUAAUUUUUGGUACUUCAAAGGAGCAACCAUGGAAUCAAUACGUUAAAGUGAAUUCGAAGGAACAAGAAAUGCAGAAACUGGCCACGGAAACCAUAAAAUCCGAUAGUGGCACUGAGAAUACUGAAAAAAUAAAUUGUAUCAAAGAAAGAUGAUAAAUUUUUAAGAAAUUUUUAUCGAAGAAUAGAGAUAAUUUGACAUACAGAGUGUCCCAAAAGUUCCGAACUGGUCGAAUAUUUCAUAAACUA